UGAACUCAGAGGAAAGGAAUGCUUCGGUUAUUGACGUGUGUGACUCAAAGGACUUCUGGAUGAGGUGCUUAUCUAACAGUUCAGAAGUGGUGGAAAGAUCCUGGGCUACAAUCAGAAGAAAUCUUAACCGUUCACAGAAAAUAGUCUUGGAGGUGCACUGAAACGAGAGGCCCAAGGGUUUUACUUUUCAUGUACAAUGGUACUCAGCAUGUUGUUAUUCUAUCCCAUGCUGGCCGGAGCCUUUCUUCCGUUCUUCAUCCUUUCAGGAAAUAGGGUUUCAGCUGAGAACAUCAACUUUUACAAUGUGAGACCUCCACUAGACCCCACUCCAUUUCCAAACAGUUUUAAGUGCUUUACUUGUGAUAAUGCAGUGGACAAUUACGACUGUAACAGAUGGGCUGAAGAUAGAUGGUGUCCUGAAAGUACUCAAUACUGUUUGACAGUUCAUCUCUUCACAGACCAUGGGAAGAGUACAUCAGUCACCAAAAAGUGUGCCACUGGAGAGGAAUGCCAUUUUGUAGGCUGCCACCGUCACAGGAAAAGUGGCCACACAGAAUGUAUUUCUUGCUGUGAAGGAAUGAUUUGCAAUGUAGAAAUACCAACAAACCACACAAAUGCAGUAUUUGCUGUAUUGCAUGCCCGAAGAACAUCAGAUGGCAACAAGUGGACAGUCAACAUUGCAGUACUUGUGUCAGUCAUGGUGGCCAUGCUGUUGUGAUGCAACACCCUCCUGUUAGAUCUGCUUGAGAGGGUCUGCCUGUCUGUGUGCUGUCAGAAACUGUAAGAAGAUUGGUUUAGUAUGUGCAAGGAGAAAUCACUGAUACUUCUUAAUUAUGGGGACAGUGGAAAGGAAAGGGUACAUGAUGAAGUCCUUGGAUAUUUUAGUGAAGAUACUUCAUAUAGCCUGCAGUAUUCCAAAAAAAGCUAAACACAGCCACCCACUGAUUGGGAUGAACUCACGUUAUUAUAAUUCACUAUUUUAUGAUAAAAAUGCACAUAUGCUUGGCAUGUUUUUUGAACAGAGAAAAGUAUCUGUAGACAAUCACAAGAUAAAAAAGAACUGUCAGUGGAUGAUGUACCAACAAGUAUCUCAAUGGCAACUCUUUUUAAACUGGUUUUCAUUGUGCAUAAAUAACAAGGAGUUUCUUGUCUUGAUCAACAGAUGUAUUUAAGCUUAUCUUCAGUUAUGGUUUUCAUAGAGAACAUGUAUGGUUUUCAUAGAGAACAUAUAUGAUAAAUUUAUUUUUCUGUUUUGACCAGAGCUGUUGUUUCUACUGGAAAUAAUACAAAAUAAUUCUUUUUAUCUUUCCUUCCUGUAAAAUGUCUCACACUCAGAUUUUAAACCAGUGUGAAAUUGUGUAGAAUUUCUGUCUAAAAACAAUGAAUUGUUUGAGCGCCUAAAUCAGAAUUCCUUCACCAUGCUAAAGGGAUCAUUUUCUUUCAGUAGUGUCUCGCCUCAGCUGAAUCUUUGUCAUAUUGUUCAAAGUGGUGGUAAUACCAUGACUCUGAAAUUGGAGGUACAGUCAAGCAGCUGUGUUAUCAUAAAAAUUGUAAGUGAGCACUUGGUAUAAACAAAGAGAGAAGCCUACCAUGUUCUGUCUUAAUUUGCAGAAGUUUCUCCCAGAAAUAUUGCCGUCUUUGAUGUGUCUUCGACUUGUAAGCCUGUGCUAUUGGACAUCCCGGGCUUCCGGACAUCAUUGUUACACACCUUUGGCACCCUCAUUUGAAACGUUUGGGUCGAGAUUCUAUUUUUCAGUACAGCUAAGGAUUUGACCUGCCUAGCACUUUGCUGUUUUCUUUUUCUAAACUAUUUUAUUAAUUUAUUAAUAUACUGAUUUGAUUAUGAAUAAAAUAGGUUGUUCUGAUCUUUCCCUGUUUUCAAUUUCUCAUUUCUUAAAUGAGAUGGUUCAAAUUAUGAUUAACUGUUGAAAUAAUUUUCAGGAAGGACAGAUUAUUGAAACUUACUCUCAAAAAGAGAGUCAAAACUGUUCUCUAAAAAAUUCAAGUAACUAUAAAUUGGAUUUUUUUUUUUUUACAUAAAUGUUGGCUUGAUUAUUUGCAGGUUUAUGUCACUAAAUUUAUUUAGACAUUUAGCAGUUGAAAAAGAGAUUCUGGACCAUUUUUGGUUUUGUUUAUAUUCUAAAAAUGCCUACACAAUAUUUUUGGAAUAUCUGAAUAUGUCUAAAAACCCAUGAUUCGUUGACAGGCAAUGGUGUAGCUACAAAAACUGGGUGGGAACACUUUUUCCUUGCUAAUACAAAAUAGUUCUUGCUGUCUAAAGCCAGAUUUUCCAAGCUGUGGGUUCUCACGACUGUUGCUGUGCCAUCCCACAGGUAGACAUGAUGAAGAUGUUCCGAGGAAAUUUUAACUUUGUUCAGUGAUCACCCCUAGGUAAUGUACCUGUAAUAUUAGUCGUGGUGUCAGACACAGUGACAAGCGCAUUAAAUAUUUUUCAUCAUUAAACAUCAUGUUUUUGCUGUAUGAUGCUUGAAUUUCUUUCCUUGUGGGAAAUUCAUUCCAGGUUUGCUCUCUGCUCAAAGUUGUCUUCACGUUUCAGGUCAUGGUAUUUUUCCUGGGUUUGCCUCUAAGCACUAGAUGAUCCCAUAAUUCAGUUUCUGGGAACAAUUAUUGCAGUCUUAACCAGGCCUUAAAGUAUCCUAUAGUCUUCUAUGACUUUACUGUAAGUAAUUUACAGUAAUCUAAGUGCUGACAACUGUUUACACUGCAAAUGCCACUCCAGAACAUUUGAGAGUGCCGGGGAAACUCUGGAAGCUGCCCAGAGAGAGGGCUCAGGGGCAAACAAAAUGGGCUGCAAGUUCUCUACAACUGCCAAGAGACCUUUGGGAAGGGAUGUCUCCAGGUGUUUGUUUUCCUUGGUUAAACUGAAUUAUUUUUUUCCCCAUUUGCAAGUCUGAAAAGUUAAGAAAUUUGCUCAUAAUUUAAAUACUUAAUGCAUUUGGUAAAUAAUUGCUUGGAAUUAAAAAAUAAAAAUAAAAAUGAAGAAUUCCACUGACAUGACAAAAUAGCAUGCUUGAUUUUAACUGUCAUCUUUUUAAAACUAACAAUGAAGACAGCAACCUGUCUGAAAUAUAUGAAAGCAUUUGGUGAUGCCAAAAGUUUAUUUUUUAGCAUAAUAAAAUUCCAGUAGUGGAGGAUAUUAAGGAUGAGUUCUAGUCAUCUUGUACAUCAAUAUAUUUGUUAUUGCAAAGAUUAGGAAUAUUGUUUCUAGAGAAAAUGAAUAUGCAAAAGCUGUUAAUGCAAUAUUAAUGCUGCACAAAUAGGCACUUGGCUGAAGAAAUAUAGAAUUUAAGAGUGAGUAUUAAUUUUAUCCUUUGCUGUGUUUUAUGUAUGUAAAAAACUGUAUGCUUCUGCUCACAUUCAAUUUUAGCCCAGUGUUAAAUGCUAACAUUUUAGAAAAGCUGUAUGUGCUGAUUGUUAGAGAAAAUAACCAGAGCACGUAUUUUUGGCGUGACUAAUGAUUGACUGCAUAGACAAUCUUAACAUUAAUUUAUGGUAGAACUUUUAUAUUUUAUUAAAUAGAUUCAAGUAUCAGCUGUAUUUUCUCUUUGGAUAUUUGUCUGAAGUACUCAUGGAAGAACUUAAAAGAGUUUUAAAAAAAUCAUUUUCAGGUGUUCCAUAAUGUAUGUAUUUCAUGCAUCUCAAUUUUGGUUCACAGAUGUCAUCACUUGAAUCUGUAUGACUUGUUAGUGCCUAAAUUAGCCCCACAGCUUUGGAAAGGACAUAUCUGUAAAUGCACAUCCAUAACUUAAUAUGUAGACAUGUGUUUGCUCAUAUUUCUAUGUACAUCCAGCUUCCAAUAGUAACAUGUUAAAUACUGUAUUGUCUGUCAGUAAUGGCGCAAGGUGUUUAUCUCUGGAGAUAACAAGCACUGGGUAAAAUCAGUGGGUGCCAAACUCAUGUGCUUUCAUGGGCAAAGUGGUCCCCUUGUGUUACCCUUAGAAACUGAAAAGAAUUUAUGAGUAAUGGCAAGUAAAUCAAUUUGUGCAGUUGAGGGAAGUGUCAUUUUAUGAUAUAUGUGUAAUGAUUAUUUUUGUUUUACCUUGCACUGGACAGUCUGUAGAAGAUUUAUUUUUAAAAGCUUAAAUAAUUCUUCACUCUUCAGUGUUGGUUUGUGUGAUGCUUUCUCAUUGCUGCGUUACUGUUGUAAAACUUCUCCAGGAAUGUCACUUUUAAUUAAAAAUAUUAAAAUGUU